AAGACAAUACAGCGGCACAGUGCGGAGAGUAAGAGGAGUGCCCGCACACAGCAGCAGCAGGACGCCAGUAUGCUGAUCAAAGUAAAGACGCUGACGGGGAAGGAGAUAGAAAUUGAUAUAGAACCUACUGACAAGGUGGAGAGGAUUAAAGAGCGAGUGGAAGAAAAGGAAGGGAUACCACCACAACAGCAAAGACUGAUCUAUAGUGGUAAACAAAUGAAUGAUGAGAAAACCGCUUCAGACUAUAAAAUACAAGGAGGGUCAGUGCUACAUUUGGUUCUUGCACUUAGAGGCGGUUGCUGAAGGAUAACUACAGCCUCCUCUAUGGAUUUUAGCUGUUGAGGUGCUGCAUCCAGUGGUCCUGUGGUGUUGGACUGUCCUGUCCAAACCUCUGCCAGCUUGUAUGUAAAAUAAUUAGAUGAUGUUGUCUAUUGUUUAUGUUCACCCCUAAAUAAAUGUUCCUCCAAGAA